CUCAAUUCAGAAUCUUUCCCAGGAAUGUGCGUGCAGCAUGCUAGUCAAUCUGCUAUAUGGACUCAAGCCUUACAUGGAUGCUACAGAUGAGAGCAGUUUUCUUCAGAACAUGUUGAUGGUCAACUCUCUGCAUGUACUCAUCAAGCUCCAUGAGAGGUUACAGAGGUUUGGAGCACAGAAACCAGCACCAGUCGAGGACCACGCUGAACAACUGGCACAAGAGAUAAUGAAGGAACUGCAUACUUUAGAGGCCAGACCAGACGUUAAGGAGCUGAUACACUUGCUAUCCAAACCUCAUGUCCAGGAACUUCUCUCAGUGCAUGAUAUCGUAGCCCAGAAAGAGUACGAGCCCAAAAUUCCAGCGCUGGCAGCUGAGGAUGAUGAAGAUGAAGAAGACUCAGUCAGGAUUAUUUGCUUGAUGAAAAGCAAAGAACCUCUGGGAGCCACCAUUAAACGGGAAAAGUCGACUGGUGCCAUCGUCGUCGCCCGCAUCAUGAGAGGAGGAGCUGCAGAUAGAAGCGGUCUUAUCUGUGAAGGUGAUGAGCUCAGGGAGGUCAACGGAGUUCCACUCAAAGACAAGAACCCUGAGGAGAUCCUUCCCCUACUGGCGCAGUCAGGUGGGACCGUGACCUUCAAAGUGAUCCCAGGCAAGAAGGUUGAUCUGGACGACGUCGAUACAGAGGUCUUCGUCAGGGCACUGUUUGACUACCAUCCGAAAGAUGAUCCGACUAUACCGUGUAAAGAUGCAGGGCUGGAGUUCAGGCGAGGAGACGUUCUGCAGAUCGUCAGUCAGGAAGACGACACGUGGUGGCAGGCGAGACGGAUCAUGGACGACCAACAUCGAGCCGGACUGAUCCCGUCCAGGCAGCUUCACGAGAGGAGAGUGGCUUUACAGAGACCCGAGGCUCUGUUCCAGAUGUCAAGACUGGGGAAGAUAAACUCAGAUGACAACGACGAAGAGGCAGAUUAUGUGGCCCUACAUGGAAUUCAUAUAGCUGGACUGAGGAAAAGUUUCCGGCUAAGCAAGAAGGACCGCUGGAGUCAAGAAACACACACAAAAUGGAUGAAGCGGGAACCAAUUUCCAGCUACCAGGAGGUGGUACGUUACGCCAGACAGCCAGGAGAACCAUACCGCCCCGUGCUGCUGGUCGGACCCCAUGGUGUUGGUGUGACUGAGCUGAAAAGGAAACUUGUGCUCUCAGAUCCUGAGCACUUCGGCAUCCCAGUGCCACAUACGACCCGUGAGCGCAGAAAACACGAGAAAGAGGGCGUGGACUACCAUUUUGUCUCCAAACACUCUUUUGAGAAAGACAUCCUCGACCACGAGUUUAUAGAAUACGGACGACACGCUGGGAAUUACUACGGCAGUCUGGGUUCAGUCCGCAGGGUCCUAGCGGAGGGCAAGGUGUGCUUACUGGAUGUGCAGCCCCAUGCUGCGAAGCUGCUGUACACGGCGGAAUUCAAACCGUAUGUUGCGUUCGUCAGGCCUCCGGCGAUAGAACAGCUGAGGUUCAGUCGGAGAAAAGCGAAAAUCUUGGCCGGCUGCGAGGAACCGGUGCCAAGCAGGACGUUUAUGGAGGCUGAUUUCGAGGAGAUGAUAAACGCCACGAAGGAAAUGGAGAACGAGUACGCCUACUUAUUCGAGAAGAUCGCCAUUAACGACGACCUGGCCAGGGUGUUCACUGAAAUAAGAGCUGAACUGAGGAAGCUUGAAAAGGAAAGCAACUGGAUUCCCAAAAUAUGGGCUGAAAAACUGUGACGUGUCGUGCAAACACUGUGCUAUAAAUCAGCGGUCCCCAACCUUUGCACCACGGACCUGUUUAAUGUCGGACAAUAUUUUCACGGACCGGCCUUUAAGUGGGGUAGAGCAAGGCCACGAUCAUCGCUCUUAACUCGUGACUACAGGAGUGAACUC